AUGGCUGCUGCGACACCGACACCGACCUCAGGCUUGUUCCGACAAUUUGCGUCCCCUGAAGGAGCUUCACUAUGCCGCAAGGUAGCCAGCGAAAAACUGGGAUUCGAUCCGCACGACUAUGUCGUCGAGGGUGUGUGCAAGGCCCUAGACGGACUAGAUUUGCUCGCCGUAACUCCUACUGGCUCGGGCAAGACAAGCUUUCUCAUCAUCUACUUGCUGGUAAUCAGCGAGAUCUUGCAACACCCGGAGCUGUGUCCCUCAGCAAAAUUCCCAUUGAACCCGGUCAUGCUCGUUGUAUGUCCUACGAAGUCCCUAGAAUAUGACAUGGAACCCAAGUUCGCAAAGGCGACACUUUCACCAUUGGUCAUAAACUCCGACACGGUAGACAACGGUCGCCGUGCGACCCCGCCGUUGAAUCUCUGGGACAAGGCUGCUACGACCGACGUCAACGUGAUCCUACUCGCCCCGGAGCAGCUGCGCAAGAAGGGCUAUGCAGGCUUGAUGGCAAACGACGCGUUUCAAACUCGCAUUGUAGCCAUGGCCGUGGACGAGGUGCAUCUCAUGGACGCUUGGGGAGAGUCCUUUCGGCCCGCGUUCAAGCAGAUUGGCCACGCGCGCGCUCGGGUCACCGGAAAGGCCAUCCUCAUUGCUCUCACCGCCACUUUACGCGCGGGUGCUCCCAUGCGCUCAGUCUGCACUUUCCUCGGCCUUCUCAACGGCGGAUACCACUUCAUCCGUCGUUCGAAUAUGCGCCACGACAUCACUAUCCAAUUCCGCACUGUCCAAUCUGGUGCCCGCUCUAUGACGUUCCCUGAGCUCAACUGGGUCCUGGACAGCAAGCGCAGAGUCAUCGUCUUCUGUCGGACCAUCGCUCUUGGCUUUCGAGUUGCUGUGUACCUAUGGCACCGAGCGGCGGCUCUGCCUGAUCGUCCCCAGCGCAUCCGCUUCCAUAAUGCACUCAAUGCUCCCAGCUACAACACCUCUACCCUUGGCUUCCUCCACGACGACAACCGCUCCCGUGUCACCAUUGCUACCGAUACUCUCGCUGUCGGUAUCGACGUCGCCAAUACGGACGACGUUGUCUUGUAUGAGCACGAGCUCCCCAGCAAUACCGACAUGAUAUUGCAAAAGAUCGGACGAAUACGGGAUGGCUCUGGGGGCAGGAAUGCGCGAGGGAUCGUUUAUCUCCCAAAGAAUGCAGAGCAGCAAGCUCGGAAGAUUGUCGACCAACUGGGGGCUCCCUCCGCGCCAAAGCGGGCGAAGACAGGCCGCUCGGGGACAGCCCCAGGCCGCCAUCUCCAGUUGCUCGAAUGA